AUGAGCAACCGCUUCGACUCUGCAACGUACCUGCGAGGUCUGGGGUGGAAUGGACCAGGCUCAUCUCUCAACAAUUCGUCGGGCGGGCGCGCAAAGCCCAUUGUCGUCGCACAGAAGAAGACGCUCUCCGGCGUUGGCAGGGACAGGGACACGAGCUUUGCGUGGUGGGAUGCGGUCUUUUCGAGCGUGGCGAACAAGGUCGGAGGCGACAAGGUCGAACAGCACCGCACCUCGACCGGCAUUCUCUCGCACCGUCCACCACCACCUAAAGGCAGCGCCUAUGACGACCUGACUGCUGAGCAGAAGUCUGCCAGCGCGAGCGGACUCAAUCUCGAUGCGAUGGCGGCUGUCAAGCUCGAGAUGGCGCGGCGGCAGCUCUACAGCGGUUUCUUGCGUGGAUCGGUGCUGAGUCCAUCGGUGGAUGAUGAGGAUGCGCCGGCGUCGAAGGGAAAGGGGACAGAGGUGGAGGAGCGCAGCAAGAAGCGGAAACGGGACGAGGACGAGUCGAAGCAGGAGAAGCGGCGGUCCAAGGCGGAGCGAGAGGCAGAGAAGGCGGCGAAGAAGGCGAAGAAGGAAGAGAAGGCAGCGAAGAAGGCGGAGAAGCGGGCGAGCAGGGGCGCAAGUCGGGAGAAGGAGAACGAGCGACCGUCGACCGACGAUGCGACCUCGAGUGCCGACCCAGAGUCGCGCUCGGCGACUCUGUCCGGCACUUCGACGCCGGUGCAGUCGAAGGAGGAUCGACGAGCGGCGAAGAAACUGCGGAAAUCGCUCGCCGCCCUCUCAUCCGCUUCGACUUCCACAUCUCUCGCACCCUCGACCUCUGCUUCCGCCAUCUCUACCUCAACACAAUCUCCUGCGACCCCUCUUUCGCGCGCUUCGCCAGCACUCGACGACGAUUCACCCGAAGCUCACGCGAAGAAGGCGGCUCGGCGGGCAGAGAAGGAGGAGCGACGACUCGCCAAGAAGGCGGCGAAGAAGGCGCUCAAGGAGCUGGAGAAGGCGUCUUCAUAG